AGAUCCGGCCAAGCAGACAAAAGUUUGGGAGAGAAGUUCGGUCUGUGGCUAGCGUGAGAGCGAGGGGGGCGGGGGCCAGGGAGAGUGGGGCAGUCCGGCGAGUCGACGCGUGAACAGAUAGACCUGUGGACGGGACAGCCGCGGCCAGAGGCCCUGCUAGCCCUGCUCAGCCCCAGAUGCGCGAGGGGACGCAGCCCCUCCCGCUGGGGGAUGCUGUGGGAUUCCUGGCGCCGGGCAUCCAGGCCGCCGGCUAAGCCCCUGUGCUUCCCCUGUGCCCCUGGGGAACCAGAGUCCGGCUGCAGGGAAAGAGAACCGGCCGCCGAGACGCCACAGGGUGCCAGGCGGGAAGGGGGCGAGAGGCCCCAGACCCAAGGGCAUGGAGCGGUUAGGAGAGAAAGCCAGUCGCCUGCUGGAGAAGUUCGGCCGCAGAAAGGGUGAAUCUAGCCGGUCUGGGUCUGAUGGGACCCCCGGGCCGGGCAAGGGGCGCCUAAGUGGGUUGGGGGGACCUAGGAAGUCAGGGCCCCGAGGAGCUACUGGGGGACCUGGGGAUGAGCCGUUAGAGCCGGCCCGGGAGCAAGGUUCCCUGGACGCUGAGCGGAAUCAGCGCGGCUCCUUUGAGGCGCCGCGCUACGAAGGCUCCUUUCCCGGGGGGCCGCCGCCCACCCGGGCCUUGCCUCUACCUCAGUCGUUGCCCCCCGAUUUUCGGCUGGAGGCCACGGCCCCGGCCCUCAGCCCCCGCUCCAGCUUCGCCAGUAGCUCGGCCAGCGACGCUAGCAAGCCGUCCAGCCCCCGGGGCAGCCUGCUGCUGGACGGGGCGGGGGCUGGCGGAGCUGGAGGUAGCCGGCCUUGCAGCAAUCGCACCAGCGGCAUCAGCAUGGGCUACGACCAGCGGCACGGGAGCCCCUUGCCAGCGGGGCCGUGCCUGUUUGGCCCACCGCUGGCCGCAGCACCGGCAGGCUAUUCUCCCGGAGGGGUCCCGUCCGCCUAUCCGGAGCUCCAUGCCGCCCUGGACCGAUUGUACGCUCAGCGGCCCGCGGGGUUCGGCUGCCAGGAAAGCCGCCACUCGUAUCCCCCGGCCCUGGGCAGCCCUGGAGCUCUAGCCGGGGCCGGAGUGGGAGCGGCGGGGCCUUUGGAGAGACGGGGGGCACAACCCGGACGACACUCUGUGACCGGCUACGGGGACUGCGCCGUGGGCGCCCGGUACCAGGACGAGCUAACAGCGUUGCUUCGCCUGACGGUGGGCACCGGUGGGCGAGAAGCUGGCGCCCGCGGAGAACCCUCGGGGAUUGAGCCGUCGGGUCUGGAGGAGCCACCAGGUCCUUUCGUUCCGGAGGCCGCCCGGGCCAGGAUGCGGGAGUCGGAGGCCAGGGAGGACUACUUCGGCACCUGUAUCAAGUGCAACAAAGGCAUCUAUGGGCAGAGCAAUGCUUGCCAGGCCCUGGACAGCCUCUACCACACCCAGUGCUUUGUCUGCUGCUCUUGUGGGCGAACUUUGCGUUGCAAGGCUUUCUACAGUGUCAACGGCUCUGUGUACUGUGAGGAAGAUUAUCUGUUUUCAGGGUUUCAGGAGGCAGCUGAGAAAUGCUGUGUCUGUGGUCACUUGAUUUUGGAGAAGAUCCUACAAGCAAUGGGGAAGUCCUAUCACCCAGGCUGUUUCCGAUGCAUUGUUUGCAACAAGUGCCUGGAUGGCAUCCCCUUCACAGUGGACUUCUCCAACCAAGUAUACUGUGUCACCGACUAUCACAAAAAUUAUGCUCCUAAGUGUGCAGCCUGUGGCCAACCCAUCCUCCCCUCUGAGGGCUGUGAGGACAUCGUGAGAGUGAUAUCCAUGGACCGAGAUUAUCACUUUGAGUGCUACCACUGCGAGGACUGCCGGAUGCAGCUGAGUGAUGAGGAAGGCUGCUGCUGUUUCCCUCUGGAUGGGCACUUGCUUUGCCAUGGCUGCCACAUGCAGCGGCUCAAUGCCCGACAAGCCCCUGCCAACUAUAUCUGAGCUGCAAUCACUGCUGCUGCUGUCACCACCACUGACAAACUGCUCUGGCCAGUGGGCUCCUCUGAGGCCAGCCAAGGCAAAUAAUGCACUCUACAGACCUGGCAAAAGAGUCCUCUGGGGAGGACCCCAAGGACUGGAGACCCAAAGAUCAUGACAUUCCAAAUGGAUUGUGGAAGAGAAACCUUAUAUUUACCAGGGUGGGGGUGACUGGCCUUUUUCCGAUGUGUGCAUCCUGAGCUUAGGCACACACAGGAGGGUUCCAGUACUUUCUGAACAUCUGAUUCUGUAUCUUCAGUAUAUAUAUUUUGUUUGUUUUAGAGAUGGGAUCGCACCAUGUUGCCCAGGCUAGUCUUGAACUCCUGGGCUCAAGUGAUCCUCCCACCUUGGCCUCCCAAAGUGCUGGGAUUACAGGCAUAAGCCACUGUGUCUGGCCUAGUAUAUGAUUGUGCAUGAGUCACAUAAUGUUCUGGUCCCGGAUUCCAAGAGUAGAGGACCUAGCUUUAAAUCAACUAGUUUCAGCUAAACUAACUAGAACCAAAUCAAAGUGUAAUUCUCCCUCCAGCUCCCCCAAACCCCAGAGUUUUGGGGUUGUGGUUGAUGCAGGAUGGGAUCCCCCUGAGAGGCAGCAAGUCUAGGGUGGUGAGUUCCUGCUAGGCAACCAAAUUUAAGCUCCUCACUUUUUUUGUGACACAUGGUGUCAGAUAUGGGGUCUCGCACCUAUAUCUGGAUGAAGAAGUAGAAACUCUGGACCUCAUUAAUGAGUUAUUUAUUGGCCUUCUUCUAAGGACUAGGAGAGCUCCUCAUGUGUCUGCUGAGAAUGGGGACCAGCUCUGAGUGGGGUUGCUGCCUAUAUUCCCUGUUUCUCAGGGACUCACGUGGGUCUGGGGAGGCUAGGUAGGUGCUUGUACGUGGUUGCUCUUCUCCUUGGCUAUGGUAGGUAAUAAGCAGGUCUGUGUGGGUCUGGAGCUUGUUGUGAGGAUGUCUAGGAAGCUUCAGCUUAGCUACACUCCCAAGUUUAGGUGCACUGAGCCAUACAGCCCAGCGUAUGCAUGUGUGGUUGUGUUCAUGUGCGCGCGCGCGCGCGCGCGCACGCACACACACACACACACACACACACUCUCUUACUCUCUUCUCAGGUCACUUGUACACUUGGUUUCCUAGUAGAAUCUCACUUGCCACCUCUCAGAGGGGUCCUGGAUUGCAUCCAUCACAAUCCCAAAACUACAGUUGGGGGGAACUGGAGGGAGCAAAACACUGAUUUGGUACUAGUCAGUUUGCCUGAAACUAGUUCACCUAAAGCUAGAUCUCUUAAAACCAAUUUACUGAAAACUUGUUUGCUUAAAGUUAAUGACUUAAUGACUAAUUUGCCAAAAGCUCAAUUCGUAUUUUGGUGUGUUUAUAUCCAUUUAGGUGUCCUAUUCUUUUUUGUCUUGCUUUGGAUAUUUCAAGGAUUUAUAUCUAUUCAUCCAAGAGUACUUCUGAGUUAUUAUCAGCAACAUAAAUUUAUCAAAUUUGCAGCACUUUGUAAAUGAUGAGAUUGCUUCCUACCUUUAUGGAUGUCUUUUUCUAUGUUAUCUACCUUUCAAAAACUUUUUUAAAAAGUUUAAAGUUUCUAGCAAUAAAUACAAUUGGUACAGGCAUUUUGUGUAUCAUUUUUUUUGUUUCUUAAUCCAAUAUUCCUUUACAAAUUAAAUGCCUUGAAAAAUGUAAUGGAGUUCAAUGUGAUUUUGAUGCUUUGGUCUAACUUCUACAUUCCUACUGUUAAAAGGCCAGUAUAUCUUAAACAAAUGAAUAGGCAUGAGGCAUAUUCGGUUGACUUACAAUGAAAAGUUAUACAGACAACAGUAGUAACUAACAGGGUGAAUCUGCUAAACCCUUUUGAAAUGCUGCAGAUUUGAUAAAUAUUUAUUUUAGACUAAUUGGUUUUAGGGGAAUUGGUUUUAGGCAAAUUAAUCUAGUAAUCUUUGAUCUUUAGUCCUCAUUUUCUAUCACUCAGUGAGUUUCAUACUGGAAAUGAUGACUCCUGACAACAGAAAUUCCACAUUUGGGGGCUAUUCUAAGAUGACUAUGCCAGCCAACCUGGGAAAUACAUAGAGGAGAUCUCUGAGUGAGAGGGAAAGAGUUCAGAUUUAUACAACUGAGUGCCAGAGGGGAAAAUGCACCUUGUUGAAGUGAGAAAUGUUCUGAAACUGAAUUACUUCUUGUACAGCUGAGAUCGCUUCUUCUGUACUGUUGUUAAAUAAGUGAAUACAAAGGCCCU